GAAGGGAAGAAAGGGCUCUGAGGCUUGGUUACAGGAGAAAAAGGUGGGGAAUCUAUCUGAAAGGAAAUAAGGAAAGAAAAGGGGGGCAAUCAUUAGUACUCACAUCAGUUGCCUCUGUGAGAAGUACAAAGCUGGUAGCAUCAUUUAGACAGGAGCUUGCAGGAAGGCUUUGAGCAGGUAAAGAAGCUGUCAGCAGCAUCCCAUCCGUGCCAGACUGAGCUGACAAAAAAGCCAGGCUGAUGUGGAGGUGUCCAUGGAGGCUGGGAACAGCAGGAGCAGCACUGGAGCAGAACAGACAAGCUUUAGCUGGGAUUUCCACUUGUGGAGGAGGAGGAGGAGGACAUGUGGCUCCCAUAUCUCACUGAGUGACAGGGGAGUAGCUAUAAACACCAGCCGCAGCUCCCUGGCCAUGACAGCCACCCCCGGCGAGGGAAGCACAGCGGGGACGGGUGCUUUUCAUCCCUGUCACCUCACAGGCGUGCCUGUGGCCGCCAUGCUGCAGACCCCGGCCGCAUCAUGGCAGCUGGGAGAGGCAGCAGCACUUGCGCAACCUUCCCAAGGGGCCCUGAGGGGAAUGGCUGCCCCUCAGGGCAGCAUAGCGUCACGUACCUUUGUCUGUGGCAGCCCUGAGGGGACAGCCCCAUCCUGGCCGCCACCUCAGCGCCUCAGGGCAGAGAGGGUCCAUAUGCCCGUGCAAGGGUUGGCAGGACCCUCCCUGAGGCGUCUUGCCGCCAUUUUGAAGGCGCUGGCGAUGAGAUGGCUCCAGGCACAUCAUGGCGGCUGGGGGGAAGCCCUUCUCCUCAGGCUGGGGGUCUGGGCAGUGUUGGUGGCAUUUCUCCUCCCUGGGGCGGGCAGCCAUCAUCCACCACCAGGCUAUGCUGUCUAUGAGAUAGUCCACCCGAGGAAACUGGCCCCGAAGGCAGAGAAAGCCACAGGGGGAGAAGUGUCCUAUGUGCUGAGGGUGGAGGGGAAGAACCACAUCAUCCACCUCACACAAAAGAGAGGGUUUCUGGUGAAAAACCUGCCGGUCAUCACGUACAGCCCCCGGGGGAACAGGGUGGUGGAGCAGCCCCAUAUCCCUGAGGAGUGUUUCUACCGGGGGUACGUGGAGGACAGCCCCGGCUCCCUUGCCACACUGAGCAUCUGCUGGGGGCUGAGGGGGCAGCUGGAAAUAGGGAACCUGAGCUACGGCAUCGAGCCUGUGCCGGGGUCCCUCACCUUCCAGCACCUUCUCUAUCAGCGAGAGGCGACCCAGAGCAAGCCCUUGCUGUGUGGAUUGACAAAUGAGGUGAUGCAAAAGCAGCUGGGUGAGAUGGGACCUCAAGUAACCUUAAGAAAGCAUGUUUUCUGUCGGGGGCUGAAGCACACCACCUACGUUGAGAUAUUUGUCGUGGUGGACUACUCGCUGUUUUCCUUUCAAGGGAGCAAUGAAACCUCUGUGAUGCUUCUGGUUACAGAUACGAUCAAUUUAGCUGAAACGUACUUCUAUAGUCUGAAGAUUCGCAUCUGCCUGAUCGGGAUGGAGAUCUGGACACACAGCAACUUCAUCAGGUACAGCCAGGACAUAGAAGACGUUCUUAGAAGUUUUAACAACUGGGCAAAUACGGAUCUUUCUCAGAGGAUGGCAUAUGACACUGCACAUCUAUUUACUUACAUGGACUUCGGACUAAUCGUUGGGCUGGCAUAUGUAGGCACCAUCUGCUUCCCCGGGUAUCGGUCGAGUAUUAUCUCACAUAUACGGAGAGAUUUCACAGCCUUCUCACUUAUUUUUGCUCAUGAGCUGGGUCACAACCUGGGGAUGGAGCACGACAAGAAGAACUGUGUGUGCGGAACAGCCACCAAGUGCUACAUGACGGGCGACUCGCUUACUGGUGCCAAGGGUUUCAGUAACUGCAGCAUGCAGUACUACUUAGACCUGAUGAACAGAGGACAUGGCCACUGCUUGUGCAACAUCCCCGAGCCCUACAGACUCUUCCAUUUUAAACACUGCGGCAACAAGGUGAUUGAUGAGGGAGAGCAGUGUGACUGCGGGGGGCCGAAGGACUGCCAAGGCAACCCGUGCUGUCACCCCAACUGCAGGCUGAAGCCUGGGGCUGUCUGCUCCAUUGGGCAGUGCUGUCAUAAAUGCCGUUUUCAUGCUGCAGGACACAAGUGCAGGUCGGAGGCGGAUGAGUGUGACUUGCCUGAAUAUUGCAAUGGGACUUCGGCAUGGUGCCCAAAGGAUUUGUACGUGCACGAUGGGACACCCUGCAGCAACAACGGCUACUGCUACUAUGGCAAAUGCGCGACCUAUGACAACCUGUGCAGAAAAGUCUUUGGGAAGCAAGCUCGGGGUGCUCCAAAAAGUUGCUUCCAAAAGCAGAACAUGAGAGGGGAUCGAUUUGGCAACUGUGGCGGUGAUGGGUCCAAAGUUGCUUUUGUGGGAUGUAAACCCCAAAAUGUUCUGUGUGGAAGGCUGCAGUGUGUCAAUGUGAAGAAGAUACCCGUUCUGCAGAGGUCGAAAGCCAUCAUUCAGACGCCAGGGCCGAACGACUGGUGCUGGGGCACAGCCUACCAUGCCAGCAUUGAUAUACCUGAUGUCGGAGGAGGGACUGAUGGCACCAGAUGUGGGCCAAAAAAGAUCUGUAUUAACAGGACAUGCGUAGAUGCCACAGUCAAGAUGAAGUGCGAUGGGAAGGUGAAGUGUGGGGGGAAAGGGGUUUGCAACAACCUUGAACACUGUCAUUGUGAAGCUGGCUGGGCUCCUCCGAACUGCCAGUUCCAUGGCCUGGGAGGGAGCAUGGAGAGUGGCCCUCCACCAGCUCUCAUGAUGACCAUGGGGGAGGUUGUGCGAACUAAAGUGUUUAAGAUAGCAAUGGGGAUCACAGUUCCCCUUACCAUCAUUGGGAUUGCUGUUGGCAUUGCUGCAACCAAAUACAGAAAGGCAAAAGCUGCAAUUGCAGAAAGAAGUGAGACUCCUGCAGAUGAGGAGCAGGAUACAGAAGAAGGAAGAGAAGAAAAAGAAGAAGGGGAAGAAAAAGGAGGAGAAGGAAAAGAAGGUGAAGGAGGAGAAGGGGGAAAAGGAGAUGAAGGAGGAGGAGAAGAAGGGGGAGAAGGAGAGAAAGAAGGAGAAGAAGAAGAAGGAGGAGGAGAGGGAGAAAGAGGAGGAGAAGAGAGUAUGUUUAAAAAACCCUGAAAGCAGUGGGAAACCCACCAGCUGAGGUUUGGAAAGGGCUACAGGCCCUGUGUGUAUGCCCCUGCAGCUGGACUGCUAGUCCCGGGAGAUUUUCCACAAAGUGAUUUACACAAUGUAACUGUGUAAACUGUACAAAAGUUGAUUACAUAAAACUUUAGUAUUUCCUCUUCUUGUAUUACCUACUAUGUAAAUAAAUCUGGGUUGGGCCCAAAAAGUGAAGCUCUUAGAAAAUAAAGAGUGUAAAAGUUAAGAGAGUUGUUUUCAAUGCA